AAUUUUUAUCCUUAAGUAUAAAUUAAAAGUACAUGAUCUAGCGUAUAAAAUUUAAAAUUCUCGCAAAAACCGUGAGAAGAAGAAAAAGGAUCAGAUAGGGACAAAAAAGAAGGUCCAAACCCUACAAAAAUGGCGGAGAAAUUGGCUCCUGAAAAACGACACAGUUUUCUCCACAACGGUGAAAAGGUAUUUGAAUGGGAUCAAACCUUGGAAGAGGUGAAUUUUUACAUAAACUUACCGCCGAAUGUUCACUCCAAGCAGUUUUACUGUAAGAUUCAGUCCAAACAUGUCGAAGUUGGCAUCAAAGGCAACCCUCCUUAUCUCAAUCAUGAUUUGUUCUCCCCAGUGAAGACGGAUUCAUCUUUUUGGACGCUAGAGGAUGAUAUAAUGCACAUAACUUUGCAAAAGAGGGACAAGGGUCAGACAUGGUCGUCACCGAUACUAGGUCAGGGUCAGCUGGACCCGUAUGCCACUGAUCUCGAGCAGAAGCGGCUCAUGCUUCAGAGGUUCCAGGAAGAGAACCCGGGUUUCGAUUUCUCCCAAGCUCAGUUCACGGGAAGCUGUCCCGAUCCAAGGACUUUUAUGGGCGGCAUCAGUUCGGAUUGACAGUCAUCAUAUAUAAUGCCGGUUUGAUCACUUACAUUGUCCUGUUAUUAAGUAAAUAAACUAUCUAAUGUGCUUUCUCUUGCUUGUCGUAAGGCUUUGAAUUAACUUAUUGACUCGGCCAUCAAUUUGUGAUAUACAACGGCGUUUUAUCACCAUUGCUCAAAUCUAAUGUAAGAAAAUUGAGUGUCUUAUAAACCUUUAUUGAUCUUCUGUUGGACUUGA